AUGGUCGCACCGAGCCUGCAUGGUGCGAUUUCGCACGUCAUGGACAAUGUGAACAACGCAUACACGGCCUCGACAGGAGUUCGUUUGUUUUCGCGUCCGGCCCUUUCUGCGUUCUCCUUGGCGAUCCUUGGCGGCGUCAAACAAGAGUGUUUGUGGCCAUUGGAUGCCAUUGGUGCGUGUUGGUGCCACGUGGACAUUUUGCGAGUGCAAGAGGCAAAGGCCUUGCCACAACAGCACCGCAUGAGUGGUGCAGCGCCCUUGAAAACGUCGCCCACCCAGGGCUUGGAAGCCGACGUCCAGCCGUGGGCUCGGAUCCGCGUAAAUGCGCACCUCACCGACAUGAACAUCCAUUUCCCUGUCGCUGCCGGUAGCCAGGCGACGCGGCAGCGGCUGCGGGCGUCCACCUCGAGGGCCAAGGAUGGGGCCAGCAUGGGAGGCAUGUCUGCGCACGUCGUCGCAGGCGGCCCGUGGUGCGCCCGGCGUCUGGGCGAAUGGUUGGCAAAGGGAUGGUGCGUUCGGGCGCUGGACCAGCGACUAGUGCCGCGCCUCAUCGCGCUGCGUGCCGGGCGCGUGGAGCAGACAGCGAUGUGCCGAUACGUGCCGCUAGUAGAGGUCCUCCAGUUCGCGGCUGACCCGGCGCCGAGCAGGGAGAUUGUCACCGCGCGAAACGUCCUCGCCCAGCUCGCUUAUGCCUGGCGGCUAUUUGUCCCUGCCCGGGCUAGCCUCGUCGAAGACGUGGGCGAAUGCACGUGCAAGCACCCGAGGCCGCUGGCCUUGACAGGGAAAUGGCAUCGACGAUGGCAGACGGCUCGUCCGCCCCGCAUAAAAGUUGACGGCGAAAGCCAACGGUUCGAUCGCCGCGGGGUCGAGGAGGUCAAGGUCAAGCCUGAUGCCCGAAGGCCGCCACGCAGGGUCCGCUUGGAGAGCUUCUUCAUUGCCAGGGCCAGUGCAGCCGCUGCCCUUGGCGCAUCCCUUCACAAGCUAACUACAUUGCACUACGCCUGCGAGUUUCAAGCCCCCCAGCUGCGCACCGCGCCCAGUGGCGGCCAGGCGAUUUCCCAGCUGCAUCAAUUGGUGCUCAAGGUGCACAUGACGAGGGCAAACGUUCGACCGCUUCUGGACAUUGCUGUUGCAGCACAGGCAGUGCGUCCGCCCACUCCGCAUGCAAGCGGCGCAGUGCACAACGCGUUGCUUUGGGCGUGCCCGGUGUCAAGGUUCGCCGGGGGCUUGGACUUUUGCGCGUUGGUGGAAAACAGGCGCGGAAAGACGGUUGCACGUCACAACCUGAAGAUGUACAAGAUUUUACAUGGCUAUGCGGAAUGGCAAAGUUGCUCCCCACGCAGCUUUGGGACGCAGCGGCCGGCCGGCGCCGGCGCCGGCACCCAUGCCGCUGGCAGCGGCAGCGUUCCCGGAUCCACGAGCGCGGUGGAGCAUCGUGGCGCGUGCCUUGUUGCCCGGUUAGCGUCACUGCGUCAGUCCGAAAGCUCCGAAUCCAGUGAGCAAGCUGCUUUUGUUCGCUCUUGUAACGAUGAAUGUGACGAAUAUCAUUUGCCCAUUGGCUUUGUCAUGGUUUUGCAUGUUUUUGAGCCAUGUGACACGUCUCUGUCUUUGAUGCUCAAGCGCGGCGGGACGGGGGUGCAGGUUACCGCGCAAGCGGUCCCAACGCCCGGUUUCGGCUGGAGACGGGGAGGAACCUUGGCAGCGACAGCAGCCAACCGGAGCCAGUCCAUGGAUGUGGAGGACGCACGAAACAAACAGAAGCCACAAGCCUGCAAUUUGUAUCGAGGGAAACUCUACAUCUUGAACGACGCUGCCGCGUGGCAAGAAGCCGGCACCGGUCAUGCGUCCGUGGUGGGCACUGGGCAGCAGCGCAGGCUGCAAUUCCGAGAUGAGGACAGUGGGCAGGUGCUGCACGACCGGCCGGUGUUCGCACAAGACGUCUACCAGCUCCAGGGUGAAGGUGCGCAGAAGACCAUCAUCGUUUGGGAAGACGAGGAGGAUUCGAAAGAUUGGGCGCUAAGCUUCCAGGAUGAGGUCGGCUCACAGGAAAUCUACAAGCUCAUUUGCCAUGAGCCUCCUGAGCAGAAGCGGAUUCUCCCUCCACCAAAGCUGCCCAAUCUGCAGGAUCUGGCCAGAAAAUUGCAAUACGUUGCACCAGGCCAGCGUGAAGGGCUCGCUGCCGAACUCGCCAGUGAAGAGUUCUUGCAGGAGCUCCGAGAGACCUUCCACUCCGCGGAGGACCUUCAGAGCCAGAAAGACCUGGCCCUCAUCUUCCAAAUAGUGAAAGGCAUCUUCCUGUUCGCCACCCACACCCUCACGGAGCGGUACCUCGCAGAGGACGUCUUUGAGGAUGUUCUUGGCAUGCUCGAGCUCGACGAUAGCUUGCCCGCGGAGAAGCGGAUGCCGCAUCGCCAGGUGAUCAAGGAGAAGGUGAAGUACAACGAUGUUGUUAGUUUCGAGGAUGAAGAGACGCUGAAGCGGAUUCAUCUCAACUACAGAUUGCUGUAUCUCAAGGACAUAGUUUUGCCUCGGCAGCUUGAUGACGGGGCCUUCGCUUCCUUGCAGCAGCUGAUCCACUCGAAUCUCACAGUCAUCCUCGAGCAUCUUCAGAAGGGCAAGGAGCUCUUAGAGCAGCUCCUGAAGAAGGUCAGCGAGGAGGACAUGCAGAGCCUCCUGUUCCUGCAGGAUGCUUGCCGCUUGUCCAAGCAGAUCCCGCCCACAAAACGGCAGGAGCUCUACAACAAGAUGGCGGCUGCAGGGCUUUUCGACACCCUCGCAGUCUACUUCAAUGCUCCUGCAGAGCGAGAUGGGGAGCCCGAGGCAGGAGUCCGAAGGCCCUCGGAGCACCCGGCCCAGCACCAUGCGGUGGAGGUGCUACUUCUGCACGCCACGUGCCACCCGGGGCACUUGCGAAAUUGGCUCAUGCAGGAGAACAAUGAGGCCGGUCAGCGGGUGCUUCGCGUUCUCAUCCAGUUGAUGGUGAACGAGGAGGACCAGGAGCUUUCGACGAAGAAGUUGAUCCGACAGGGCAACUCAGAUACCUUUCUCAUCCUUUCUCAGUUCCUUGUCAUCCCGAUAGGCAAUUCACAAGCAUCCCAAGGCGCCGUCUUGGACCCAGCUUCCCUGGAGCAGCAAGAGCAGGAGAAACGCCUGGAUGUGUUCUACGACCGCGGGAUCAUGGACACCAUCGUGGCGCCCUUGCGGCCAGACCUGAAGCCAGCCGGCGCGCAGGCGUGCUUCGCGCAGCAGCUGGUGUGUGAGAUCAUUGCCUUUGCCGUGUCGAAGCAUGGCUACCGGGCGAAGGUCUUCGUGAUCCGCCACGGAAUAGGACAGCAACUGGGCUGUGCUUCGGUUCCCCAGAAGUACCUGCAACUGGCAGCUGUCCGUGUGCUACGCGCCUUCGUGGGCACGAAGGAUGAGGCGUACAUGCGCUACGUGACAAAGAACGGCUUCCUAUCGCAGCUCUUGCGGAGUUUUGAGCAGUGCAUAUCGCCUCCAGCAUUAGGCAGGACAUGGCCCACGCAUUUGGACCUCCGCUUGAAGUUUUGUUAUGAUUUGUUCUCGGAUGUGGGAGUUGGGUCUUGGGGCGGAGCUUCGCACUGUUGA